CAAAGUAAAAGAGAACUAAAAAAAGCCGUCCAUUUUUGUGUUCUUGUAGUCUUCCCUGACCUGACAAAACCAAAGCCGUCUUGACGUCUUCCUAGACAAGCGAUCAUGUCUUCCUCGGGAGAUCCCACCGCCGACUCCGCCGUAGCCAAACCUUACUUCUGCUACCAAUGCAACCGCACCGUCACUAUAACAGUCUCUGCAUCCGCUGACCCUUUUUGUCCUUUAUGCCAUGAGGGCUUCCUCGAAGAAUAUGAAAACCCUAACUUCAAUUCUCAAAACCCAAACCCAAUUCAGAACCUCAAUCCUUUCUCUGACCCAAAUUUCUCAUUCCCGGAUCCUAUCUCUACCCUCUUGCCUCUUCUUUUCUCAUCCUCCACCACCAUCGACUUCCAAAACCCUAAUCUCUUUGGGAACUCCCGAACUGCUUCUUCUGAUCCAGAUGCAUUCAAUCCGAUGGACUUUCUGCGCAACCAUCUCCAGAACCUCCAUUCUGGUGGUGCUCGCAUCCAGUUUGUUAUCGAGAACCACCCGUCAGAUCCGCGUCUGCCUACGAAUAUUGGAGAUUACUUUAUUGGGCCUGGUCUAGAACAACUGAUUCAACAACUGGCCGAAAAUGAUCCAAACCGGUAUGGGACGCCGCCCGCAUCAAAAUCAGCUAUUGACGGGUUGCCUACUGUUAAAAUCACUGAGGAGUUGUUGAAUUCGGAAAUGAAUCAAUGUGCCGUUUGCAAAGACGAGUUUGAGAAGGGGGCUGACGCCAAGCAAAUGCCCUGUAAGCAUGUGUAUCACAAGGAUUGUAUAGUGCCAUGGCUUGAAAUGCAUAAUUCAUGUCCUGUAUGUCGGUAUGAGUUGCCCACUGAUGAUGCUGAUUAUGAGAUUCGGACACGUGGCUCCCAAGGGAGUCAAGGGAGCAAUGGAGCAGGAAGUGGCGGAGAUAAUCGGACAUUGGAGAGGCGGUUCAGUAUUUCCCUCCCCUGGCCUUUUGGGAGGCAAGGGUCUAGCAGUGAUGGUGGAGCUGGUGGGCAAAGUAGCGCUUGAGGACUUCGGAUUGAGAUUGUGAGUCUGAUGUUAUGUGGAAAAAUCAAGAGCAGAUUUUCUUGCAGAAAAUCUGGACAAAGGAAAAUCUUUACAAAAGCUGGAACAGUUGUGUGUAAAACUCUUAUUAGACAUGGUAGCCUUUAUAAUACAUACACUGAUUUCUGAGUUGCAUAAUUUGUAUAGAUUGAUAUAUUUGUUUAGAUGCUUUCUCGUUAUUUGUUCUCGUCGUUUGGUUUCUUGUAAAUUUUGGAAGGUUUUGCUCUGAAAUUGAUACCUAUUAGUCCAAGACUGCUGAUUCUUGAA